GAGAGAGAGAGAUGCCAGAAUACUGUGUAACAGGGGGAACUGGGUUCAUAGCGGCUUACCUGGUGAAGUCGCUGCUGGAAAAGGGACACACCGUACGGACCACCGUGAGAGAUCCAGAAAAUGCAGAAAAGGUUAGUUUCCUCUGGGAGCUGGAUGGAGCUAAGGAGAGACUUAAGAUUAUGAAAGCUGAUCUGUUGAUGGAAGGAAGCUUUGAUCAGGCCAUACAAGGAGUUGAUGGGGUUUUCCACACUGCAUCUCCAGUGCUCGUGCCAUACGACCACAACGUUCAGGCAACAUUGAUUGAUCCAUGCAUAAAGGGCACCUUGAAUGUGUUGAGCUCUUGCAAGAAAGCAAGCAGUGUGAAAAGGGUUGUGCUUACCUCAUCCUGCUCUUGCAUAAGAUACCGUGAUGAUGUCAAAGAAGUUUCUCCCCUCAAUGAAUCCCAUUGGAGUGAUACAGAGUAUUGUAAACGCUACAAUCUAUGGUAUGCAUAUGCAAAGACCAUAGCAGAGAAAGAGGCAUGGAGAGUUGCGGAAGAAAGUGGAAUAGAUCUAGUGGUUGUGAACCCAUCUUUUGUAGUUGGCCCUUUGCUUGCACCCCAACCAACCAGUACACUGCUAUUGAUACUGGCCAUGACCAAAGGACUAAAAGGAGAAUACCCGAACACAACAGUAGGAUUCGUGCACAUAGAUGAUGUUGUAGCUGCACACGUGUUAGCAAUGGAGGAAAGUAAGGCAUCAGGCAGGCUUAUAUGUUCAAGCUCAGUAGCACAUUGGUCAGAGAUCAUUGCAAUGCUGCGGGCCAAAUAUCCACUCUAUCCAUAUGAAGACAGGUGUAGCAGCCAUGAAGGAGAUAACAACCCACAUUGCAUGGACAGCAACAAGAUUCUUCAGCUGGGGCUCCCUUCUCUAAAAACGCUUGAUCAAAUGUUUGAUGACUGCAUCAAGAGUUUCCAAGAGAAGGGAUGUCUCUGAGGUCAACUUUGGCUCUGUUUUCUUGCAUUGGUUUUCUUUCUUGACUUUAUAAGGCUUUUUGCCUGUACCUCUGCCUGUUCCUUCAGCCAAUUAGGCCUCUUUUAUUUUGCAAUACUAGAAUAUUUGAGACCAAUUGAAAACAAAGAUAUCUGAGAUUUAAGUGAUUGUUCCCUCUAUUGGAAAAUGAAAUAUAUGGAGUUCUAUAUUCUAAUUGAUAUGUUUGCACCAACACUAGGCUAAAAUUGUGUUGUGUGUGUAUAGAUGUAACUGUUUUAG